UACCGCUGCGCUCCUCUCGCGGCCGUUUUCUUUACGUUUGUGUUGUUUUACCUGUGUGAAGCCAAAUACCUCGUCGUCUGUUUGUUUUUCAAUUUAAAGUUUGCCAAGUGUCUGCAGCAGUUAUUCAAACGAAUCGCUCGUGUUUAUAGAUGAAAAAUAAUCUUGAUUAAUCGCAUACCUAGUGAGGGAAAUAAUAAGAAGAAGAUCGAUUAACAUAGUCGUGGCCGUCAAAGGUGUGAGUGUCAGUUGUGUAUUCGCGUGAUGAUUGCAGACUGCCGAGGCUUCGAAAACGAAAGGGCGAAAGAAAAGUAGUUGAGGCGUUCUGUCAUCGUCAACCAAUCAAAAGCUUGACUCUUCUUAACGAGCUUUACUGGGAGCCUGUGUCGCAUCAUUACCAUUUUUUUUUCUCUUUCUUCGACUUUGACAACAACAAGAAGGGAACAAUAAGUCUAGGGCUCCCUUCUUGAUUUGCCUCCAAACCAAGACGGCCAGUGUUUUCGUGUGGUGGUGCGCUGCUGAAUCGGAAGCCCCCCAUCGUUGAAAAGCUCGUCAUAAUGACUUGCCGAUGACCUUUGACACGCCUGCAGCAGCAACAGUGAUUGUGUGGACCGAUGGUGAUUGAUUGAACUGGGUAAUCGAAUUGUGCCUUUGCUUUUUAUCUCCUGGCACGGAACAAACAAAUCAAUAACGCCAGUACUUAACGUUUUCACCUUUGCGUCGCAAAACGCCACGAGACGCGAACAAACAAUUUAAAAAAAAAAAAAAAAAAGGGAAAUAACCACCCGAAGAAAAUAAAAAUGAGGAUAUCAACCAGUUAUGUCACCGUCUUAUUUAUCACGGUCGCUUUCCGCUGGUGUUGUUUUGCCACCGUCUUCGGCGGCGUACCUAUUUUCGACGAAAACGUGUGGGCGCACGGUUUAGUGCCGGGCCAUUCGGAUUCGUCGGCGGGGGGAGCGCCGGCUGUCGAGGAUUACGACUACGAAGGCAGCUACGAUUACGACGGCAAUCCCAAGACGGGCGCCUCCGCCAACUCGACAAGGAGCACGAGUGCGAGACCGCUGGCUAGUAGUUCGACGACCGAAACGCCAUCUGGCAAACCAGGUACUCUGCGGAUGUUGAAAGCGUUGGGCAACAUAACGCGUGAGAGCGGCGAAAGUGUCAAACUGCGGUGCGAGGUGUCAGGCGACCCGCCACCAAACCGCUUCCGCUGGUAUAAAAACGAAGCGCCAGUUUUGGAGGAGAAAGGUCGUGUUGUGGUCAGAAAGUACCGUACGGGGUCGUCCAUCCACGGCAGUCGACUACGCAUCUCCGAUGUCGACACGCACGAUACUGGCUACUAUAAAUGCGAAGCUUCCAAUGGCGUCGAUCGUGUUGAUUCCACCGGGAUCGUCAUCGUUCGCAUGGGCGCGCCAGUCGGCCAAUCAGGUCCAGUUCCACCUGGCACCAAUUUCCAGCAGCCAUCCUUCCCGUCCUUUGGAGGUGUUCCUGUCAAUUUGCCCGGCCUGCCCAAGGAUUUCGUACCCAAAGAUCCUAAACUGCUACUCCCAAAAGAUUUCCAGCCGAAUAAGGAGUUUCACCCGAAGAUUGGUCACGAAGAUGAAGACGAGGACGACGAUCACGGAGACGGCCAUGAGGGCGACGACGAUGUCGAUCAUCCCAACUCGUUCCCAUCCAUGCCGGGAUCUCUGCCGCGCACCAAUGUCGGACACGGACAAGCUCCGCUCGAAGGAUUUUGUCAGGUGUAUCGCGGCUCGACCUGCUCCAAGUUCCUGGCCAAUCGCACCAUUUUCGUCCAAUCGUCGCUGACGCAAGGCAUCGUCGAGGAGAAAUUGGCCGCCGCUUUCACCGUCAUCGCUCAUUCGGGGGAUCUAUCUCAAAGCUGUGCUGAAUUCGCAGUACCAUCGCUUUGCUUUGCUGCAUUCCCACUAUGCGAUGAUCAAGGUGGUAAACCAGUACCACGUCAGCUUUGCCGUGAUGAAUGCGAGGUUUUAGAGAACGAUAUCUGCCGAAUGGAGUACGCUGUGGCCAAGCAGCAUCCGCUUAUUGGAGAACAGGUCAUGCUUCCUGAUUGCGAAAAGCUGCCCCCGAUCGGAUCCAAAGGAAGUGACACAUGUUUUCGCAUUGGCAUUCCGCAUAUGGCGCAGAUUGUAGAAGAGCAAAGCUGCUACAACGAGGAUGGGCGCGACUACCGUGGAAUAGCCAGUCGUACAACUAGCAAACAUGAAUGCCUGCCAUGGAACAGCCAGAUGGCAGUCAAAACAGCCGACCAUCCUGAAUUAAUCGGUGGCCAUAACUAUUGUCGCAACCCGGGCGGUGCUGAGAUCCAGCCGUGGUGUUUCGUUGCUGGUGUGGACGGACCAAACUCCCGGCCACGUAGAGAAUUCUGUUCCUUGUCGAAAUGCUCCGCCGGCUACGACAUCAACUGGCUAUACAUCAUUGUCCCGGCCGCUGCAGUCGGAAUACUGCUUAUCGUCAUUCUUGUCGUUUGCUGCGUCCGUCGGUCGAAAUGCAAAGCGAAAAAUUCGUCAGUGAUGAUCAAAGGUCCUUACAGUUGCGGCGCUCCCAUCCCCAAUGGAGCCGGUUCCAACAUGGCCCGCCUGGCCGGCGUUGGUGGGCAGUCUAAUCAGCAAAUGGAAAUGAAUGCGCUCUUGCCGCCCAGCAACAACAGCAUGGUGUCAACGUUGCAAGGCCAAUCCACUCCUAGCCGCAUUCACGUACCAGAAAUUUCCUUACACGCUGUCCGAUUUCAACACGACCUCGGCGAAGGAGCGUUCGGCAAAGUUUAUAAAGGGGAAUUGAUGCACAGCGAGGGGGGAUCGUCUCACCGUGGCUAUGUUAAUGAUCACCUCAUAAGUCCAGGCAGUGUAAUGCCCAUUGCGAUCAAGACUCUAAAAGCCAAUGCUUCGGUCAAAACUCAGCAAGACUUUCGUCGGGAAGUGGAACUUAUGUCUGAAUUGCGUCAUCCCAAUAUUGUAUGUUUGCUAGGCGUCGUAACGCGCGAUCAACCGCAAUGCAUGCUUUUUGAAUAUAUGGCACAGGGAGAUUUACAUGAAUUUCUUGUGGCUCACUCCCCGGCUGGGGAUGGGUCGGUCUCCGGAAUCGGUCCUGGAAGUGAUGACGGAACAACAAGUACGCUGGAGCAAUCGGAUUUCCUUUACAUUGCAAUUCAAAUCGCUGCAGGAAUGGAGUAUUUGGCUAGCCACCACUACGUCCAUCGUGAUUUAGCAGCCAGAAACUGUUUAAUCAGUGACAACCUAAUCGUCAAGAUAUCGGAUUUCGGUCUAUCACGAGACAUUUAUUCGUCCGACUACUACCGCGUCCAGGGUAAAUCCCUUUUGCCAGUCCGCUGGAUGCCCCCAGAAGCAAUCCUUUACGGCAAAUUCACAAUUGAAUCGGAUGUCUGGAGUUUCGGUGUUGUUCUGUGGGAAAUUUAUAGUUAUGCGCUACAGCCCUAUUAUGGAUAUAACAACCAAGAUGUUGUCGACAUGGUGCGUUCUAGACAGCUACUCUCUUGUCCAUCAGAAUGCCCUUCACGAAUCUACUCGUUGAUGGUCGAGUGUUGGUCAGAAGUGCCUCUAAGACGACCCACAUUCACUGAAGUACACAACAGGCUGCGUUCGUGGGAAGGACUAGCGUCAGUAGGAGCUCCUAAUAGCACCAUUGGAGGACCACCGCCGAUUCCGGCCACUUUGCCACCUUCAAACGGGGCCAUGCUAACUAGUCGGAGUCAUUCAGGUAGCCACAGUGGAUCACAGCAUUCGAGCACUGGCCCGAGCAAUAAUACGGGGUCGACCAAUUUGAGCGGCGCUUCGGUUCAUCCGAUCAUUAACGGUGGAAAUUUCUAUCACCAGCCAGGAGCGCCUUAUUCUCGAGGACCUGUCAUGAGUCCCGUGCCAAGCGUUGGCGGAAAUAGCGCCAGUUCAACGUACGGCGGCACAUCCAGUGUGACAUCCAGCCUCGGCUGCCAUCCAGCUCACCAACCACAACAACAACAACAACAACAACAACAACAGCAGCAACAGUACCCCGUCUGCUACGCUCAGAGUAUAGUGCCAGGCUUUCACUCUGCGAUGAAUGGCAUCCGACCAAGUGGACCUCCAUCGGUUAUACUUCAUGGAUCCAAUGGCAAUAACGGAUGGGUGGGACGUUUCAAUACGUCAAACGCGGCCUACAGUGGCAGUUCCGACGGCGGGAAGAUUUGCAACCUCUAAACAACAAAGAAAAUUAACAAAUUACCAUACCCAACCAUGUCUCAGUGAAUUGUUGACGAAUUCGGCACAAGUUUUACGGAGAAAUGAAAGAACUAGUCCCCUACAUUAUUUUAAGGAGAAGGAAACAACACUGCAGAAAAAUAUAAGGCUGCAUAACAACUCGUAUUUAUGUACAGAACGGACUAAAAGUGUUUUUGUCUCUUUUUUUUUGUCAAUUUUAUUUUGCCAUCGAUACGAACUUUAUUUACCUUUAUUGUGCCGACAGCUCCUUGUUCUACUAUUUUAUUUUAUAAUAUCGGUCAUAUCUUAAGAAAAACAAAAUGCGUUCGUGUAUUGCAAUGGCUAUGGACCGUUGCGUUGCCCAUGUUAACUGUUCAGUUCUAUGGUAAUAUUUGCUGUAAAAUUAUCGCUGCUCCCAUGUUUGUAAUAGAUUGCACAAGAGCCUAUAAAGGGGUUGUCCUCUUGUAAA